GAGAAUAACAAAAUGGCUGCCGAGUGAAAAAUUGUAGGGAGAUCUUUACUUGUCGGGUACUUUCUUGACUUUCAAGAUUAUUUUAUAAACAUGGGUCAGAAUCUUAAUGAGGCUCCUCCAGGUUCACGGUAAGAUGGUAGCUCUUUUUAACACAAUAUGUAAAUUGAAAGGAUCGAUGGAAGUUCUCAUAGAUUUUUCUUACUUCAACUUGAAGGCUUACAAGAAUUGAGGCAGCGAGAAAAAUUGAGCAGUUUUGGUGCUCCUAUCGUGAUAAGCAAAUGUUCAAGCUACUUAAAUACGCAAUAUGCGCAGCGGUAAGUUUUGGACGACAAUAAAUGAUUUUUGAAGGCUUUGUAUUUGUCAAUGUGUGUAGUAGUUAAAGUACAGUGGCUAGUGUUGCACUAUAUCUACUGUAGCUAAGCUUGUAUGUUGUUUAUAGGAGCAUUCUCUUACUUAUGAAGUGCUACGCAAAGUUUCCCCUCUUGAAGCAGAUCUAUUGAGAGAUCCUGUAGUUCAGGCUAGGGUAAGAUUCAGGUAAGUUUACUUGAACGUGUUUUUGUAUGUACCAGUAUCGGUUCACAAUAAUUGUGUCCCAUAAAAUAUUAAACACGCCAUUUUCAUAAUUUACCUAUUAUUCCUUCCCAUUGAACUUGCAUUGAAAAUUUGUUCCCAUGUAUUUGUGGGUUCCUUCCUCCUUUCCCACCUCAGUUUUUAAUUUUUUUUGUCGUGGUAAAAGAAGACACUCCUGUUAUCGUGGUGUUUAUUAUGCAAGGGAGAUUGGAGAAUUUUCUGUUUACUAUGCAGAGCUCUCUGGCUAAUGUUCUGUAGUCUAUGACUAUUUUUCAUUCAGAUGUGGAGCCUCUUUCAUAAUAUUUUCUCCUGUAACAUUACACCUUUCUCCUGCUACUAGAAUUCUUAAUGUAAACCCUGUGUUAUAAGCAGUAAUGAGCAUCUCUGAGUCUGUGACUUAGGGCCUGUUUACAUGGAGCUGGGAACCCCAGGUAGGUGAGGCAACCCGCUUACAUGUAGGUGCGUGGGGUAACCCGCUUGUCCAUAUAAUCUCUCAGUUUAGUUUGAUCACAUUUACAUGUCAUGAUAGUUGGGGUGACCUGCCACAAGUUACCUCACCUAUCUGGGGUCCACCACCUCCAUGUAAACAGGCCCUUAAUGUGUAAUUAGCAUUGAUGCCUCUACAGUAAGACUGGACACUAGCAAAAGUACUGUAGGUGUUGUAAGUUUUUAGAUAUUAGGUCAGUGAUGAGAAGAAUAAACUGUUAUAUUAUUUCCUUUUGUACAGAUUUGGAGGAGCAGAAUUCCCACCUAUCAUCAUGUUUAAGAUUUUUAUUCAUAGUGGUGGGCAAGGUGUUAAAUAUUACUGUGGGAAAAAAGCCAUCAAACCUGCAUCUGAGGUAUGUGAUGCUCUAGUUUCGCAAACAAAAUACAGUUGAACCUCUAUUAAGAAGCCACCCUCUAUUUAGUGGCCAGUUUUCAAAUUCCCAAAAUAAGACAGUGUAGAAAAGGUUUGGGACUUAAUCUCUAUUAUGAAAGUGGCUGCUGCCAUCUUUUAGGCAUCCCAAGGAGAGUUUACCCAUUGUUCUCACCUCUAUUAAGCAACCAUCAACUGCUUGAUACACUGAUCUCCUCUUUAAGUCUGGCUUCAUUUCAAGAAUAUGAUGAAGGGAAAAACAGCCAGAGAUAGAAGGUGACAACUGAUUUUGGACCAGCAAUGCUGCUCUUGUCAGAUGUUUGUUUCAAAAUAAAGUGAUGUUUCUGCUCAAGAUUAUGCUAAUUUAUGACGAACCUCCAUUGAGCAGCCACCUUCCAAUCCCCUAGGGGUGCAGUGGCCGCUUAGUGGAGGUUCCACUGUAAUCUUUAUGCCUUAAUGGACCUUUUAUGUAUAGAUGUGAGAUGGAAAACAUAACCAAAUGGAUUACAUUAUAAAUCUUACAUACCUGUACCCUUACCUUCUGUGGCUUAAUUUUAUCCUCCUUUGUUUUGAAGUUCAGGUCUUAUAUAAUAUUAUUAUAGUGAAGCAGAAAAACAUUCAAAAUAUUCAUACCUGUACCCUUCCCUUCUGUGGCUUUAAUUUUAUCCUUUAAGUUUUCAUUCUCCUUUGUUUUGAAGUUCACGUCAGGUCUUAUAAUAGGGAAGCAGAAAAAUAUUCAAAAAUUUAUUGUGGUUUGAAAUAAAGUAAUAUUUCUAUUUUUAAACAGGCAGCAACUGACUCACUCAAACUCAUGGGAAACAGGAAGUUUUACGAUCAAAUGAUCGCUGACAUGUGCCAGCAUGAAAAGGACAGGAUUACAGAUGAAAUUGAUGUGACAACAAUGAAAGACUACAUGCAGGUACAUUGGGGGGCGUAAUGUGAUCAGUAAGAAUGAAGACAGUAAUGCAAGAAUUACAUAGUAAAAUAAUGCAAAUGUACAACCUCAACAUAGUUAUGUGCACCAUGUUAGACAAAAAAACAUUAAUUGUUAUCGAUGUCUAAGUAAGGAUCAUUUUUCCCCUAAUUUGUUGUGGUAUUCUUACCCCAUUCUGCAGGGUUUUAACUAUAUUUUACGCAGAUGGGUGCCCAAGGAUAAGUACAUGUAGAAAAAUGCUUUGAGAGUUUUCCGAAUUGUAAAUGUUUUAAUAAAUCUAACAUUCAACCUGUAGACUUCUGUUUUACAUUUACUUUUCUUCUCAUUUAAGUACUUGAGCCAUUUGGAUGAGUGUCCUGCAGAAACAGGUGGAAAAUCUAACACAUGGAGAAGGCUUACACUUGAUGGUAUGUUUGGGUUCCUUCUGUAGGUACCAAGGCACAGAUUUACGUACAACAAAAGAAACAAUAAAACCAAACAAUAAAGCCCCCAGGAGAACUCUAUUGUUUGCUUCUUUUGUGAUGAUGGUACAUGCAGAAAGACCCUAACUUUGAGAUAUGAUUUGUACCCACUGAUCACCACAUAAAAUGCCUUUGCUAAUCCAAGAACUUUGGAGAAUGUAUUUCACAGAAUGACCCACUAAAUGGUCAACAGACUGACUUGUAGCUUACUAUGGGUCUCUCCAUACUGUAGCUUGGUAGGAACACUUGACUAAUAUAACUUUACGCUAUUUUUCUGUUCCAAAAGAUAAGUGUAUAUAAUUUAAAUGACUGGCUGUAAAUUCAUUGUAUUAAUUUUAUUUGGUAGCUAUUCCACGGCAGAGCAUAGUACGUGAUAUCUUUGGAUUUGUUGAGUGUGGUGUUACAACUUCCCGACUAGUAGAGGAAUGUCCAGAUCUGUUGUCACUCAGACCUGCGACACAGGAAAUACAAGUUGCUAGCAUCAAAGCUAUACCUAUAUACAGGUAGGAGGAACUCGUGACUCCUUAAGGACGUUUUGAUCUCAUCUCAAUGGUGUGAUAAAAAAUACCUGAAGGGGGGCCGGGGGGGGGGGGAUCUUGUUUCCAGGGUUCCCCCCUACUGACUGGAGGAAGUGAGGCGGGGGUACCAUCAUUUAUAAGGUAUUUACUAGGUACAUGCUGCUGUGAAUGGUAGUAGUUUUUACGAAGUUUAGUCCAAGAAAAGGAAAUGGAAAUCAGAAUGUUUUGUACCGCCAGAAUGUUUUUGAUUUCUGGGGCCAGAUUCAUAUUCAGUGUAUACCAAGCUCAUGUUAACCAUUGCAAAAUAUUUGGUAUUAUGAUAUAUAUGUAAUAUGAAAAAGGCUAAUAACAAAAUUAGUUAGGCUAUUAUAAAGGAACUUGUGUUGUCUUCUUUAAAAUCAAGGUUAACCCAUUCGCCCCUGAACCGUCCGUAACCGCCCGUGCGGAUCCAGGUCCUUUCUACCCUUUGUGACGUCAUCAGUUUUAACGGUCAAGGACAACUUUCUUCGCUAACUUGUGUAGAGUGAAGAGGUCUUUCAAACCAUACCAGAAUGAGCACAAUUCAGUCAAGGACACCGGAGAAAGAAGCAAAAAACCACAUGACAAGAACCUAAAAAUCUCCAUGAAAAUCUUGUUCCAUUACCCACCUACCUUUCCUUUCACCUAAUCCUAAGAUCCUAAAAGCUUUCCUAAAAACUCUUCCCACCAAAAUGAAGCCUACUAAAUGCCCAGCAAGAGAAAAAAAAAAUGAGGCAAGAAAAGCGAAAAAAGAAGGGAGGAGAGACAGCGAAAAGUAAAAGUCAAGACUGCUGUGUCACUUUUAAACCCAAAAACUAUGUCGAAAUUUUGCUUUCUGCGCAUGCCCGAACUUCGCAAGCUGAUAUUUUGCAUCUGCAUCAGAAGACCGCCAAGUGUACAACCUGUAAACCGGUUUGUGGUAAGUUUUAGCUCUUUAUAGCACGACAGUGACCAGAAAACCACUCGACUAGCUUCAAAACGCGUUUUGGGGCAAAAUCUCCAGGAGCGAAUGGGUUAAAGGGUUUAUUAAAACAGUGCACCCUACUUUACUUGUGGCUUGAGUCACAUCAAAUUAAAUUAUUGAGACACUGAUUGUAUUGUUAUUCACUUGCUAAUAGGAAGAAGCCUCCAAUAGACUACAACAAUCCAUCUCCUGUUAGGAGGUCGCGGCAAGCUAAAGCAAGAGUGGCUAAAAUGAGAAAAAUGUAUGGAAUGGUUUCACCUAAACUGGUGAGUUGGAAUUCGCUGAAAAUACACUCUAAUAUUUUUUAUAGUUCAUUACGAAGACCCACAUGAAAGAUUUAACGUAAAUACUUAAUAAUAGACCUUUUAUGGCCCCUUAGUGUUAUAUUGGAAGGUGAAUUUUUGAAUUUUAGGUGCCAUCUCAAAAACCAAUUCCUAAAGGUACCAAACUGUGCAGGGAAGAGAGUGUAGAAAAAGUUGUAGCAUGGGGUUGUAGGAGGGUGGUUUUGUGCUCACCCCACAUGUAGUACAGACUGUUGCUGAAAAAAGCUUGGUGAUUUCAGUCAAAUCUCUGCUAAAUGGCCACCUCCCUAUAAUGGCCACUAUUUUUUAUACCGGUGAACCUGCCUACAAUGGGCACCUCUUUGUAAUGGACACUUUCUUGUGUCCUCAAGGUGGCCCUUGUGGAGAGGCUCACUGUAAUUUGUUAACAAAGGAAACUGUCAGAAUUCCUAAUCUCUGCAUUACUGUCAAAUUUUCCUGCAGAAUGAAAUGGAGGAAGGCAUGUCGUCAACAAUUCAACCGUCAGCAGAAUAUUUUUGAAGAUGAAGACUGGGAAGACCAAGCUGAUAAACUGUAUGAGUGGACACAGAAUUUAUCACUUGAUGACUUAGGAGUCACAUCACCUUAA